GUGGUGGAGGACGGUGUUGGUAUUGACGUCGUGGCUGGUGGUGACUGAGCCACAGCCAAACGACCUCCACCACAACACACUCACCCCUUGUCAGUUCACCAGCCAGCGACUUCUGCCACAACACACACACACACAUACCUCACUCUUGAUCUUGGGUUAUGCGUAAACAACUAGCGUAAUCAUAACACAAGCACGGUGAUGAUAGACGCUACGUUACCUCAGUGUGUGUGUGUGUUGGUGGACGGCAGUGACUCAUAACUCUAGUGCCUGGCUGUAACUGUGGUACUGGCUAUUACGGUAGCACUAUAACCUGAACUUGUGUAAUUAACUCCUGUGAUGGGACACACAGGUGGGACGGUAAGAACAGUUUUGAGUAUGACUGUAGUGGUGACUGUGAGAGUGGUGACAGUCUAGUUGUGGCUGUGUGAUAAACUGUGACGGUAGAACAGACAGACGGGGACGGUGGACAGUGCGUGACUUGGCAGUGUGUUGUGUAAUAGUAAUUCAUCUCUGGGUUGUGUAGUUGACUUUUUAGACCAGGUAUAAAGACGGGAACGGUAGCAGUGCCUGGCUAUAUGUAUCCUGGAGAGCCAACACAGUACCAUCGUCGUGUCCACGUGUUAGUGUAGAAGCUAGUGGCCCGCCGCAGCAACAAGAAGGCUCUAGAGCAGACCCCACAACAAGAUCAAAAUGAACUACAUACAGAUUGUCCAGCGCCCAGCAUACUCCCAGAGGCCGUAUGGGGUGAUAAGGUCUCCCUAUACCGAACACCCAGGCUGCUCCGUCCUGUGCAACCAUCCCACCGCACCACACACACACCGUAACCUGCUCAACCUUACUCGUGCUUCAUGGCUACAGGAGGUCCGCGCCCACAUGACCCGGGCAGGAACGACCCAGGUGGAGGUGGACGGUGAUGCAGGGGAAAGACGCACACCCUCCAGCAUGCCCUUUACACCUCUGGGCACUGAAGGACUGCAGGUAAAUAUCCCAGAGGAGUUUCUGGCCAGGUUUGCUCGCUCUGACUCUCGCCCCGACUCUCCUGCGCCGACCCUACUCGUGCAGUCCUCCCGCCUCGCCCCCUUCAGGAGAUGCGUGACCCCCGAUACCCUGGAGCCAAUUCGUCGACCUCGCCAGCGGGUGUUGAGGAGAGCCACUAGUCUGCAGGAUCUGGCCACAGCGCGCAGCCCUCAUCCUUUCACGCCCGUGCCGCCCGCAGGUCGAGCAGCAGGCAGGAGGAAACAAGGUAGAUUCGAGGCGGACUUCACAACGAAACUCUCAAAGCAGCUGGACUUGGUGGCUAAGGGACAACAGCAAAAACAACAGCAACAGCAGCAACAGAGCCAACGGGAACAACAGAGACAGCAACAGGAGAAGAAGGGCAGCACAAGAGGGCCGAGGAGUAAGAUUAACACACAGGGUAGUGAAGAUUCGGGUCUGGGAGGAGAGAAACAGCCGCCCAAACGUCGCCCACGUCGAGGAGGAAAGAAGAAGGGGGAUGAGGGAGGCCUUGAUGAUCCUGGCCAAACUGGGGUGUCGGCUUUGGGGGACAGCCGGAUAGGGUCGUCACGGAGGUCAGGUAGUUCCCAUUCCUCCAAGCCCACCUCAGCCAGGUCGUCCAAAUCUUCCUCCUCCCACCGCAGACUCCACGACCCUCUCUCCUACGACCCUAAGCAAUUCCUAGGGGCCAGUAACCCUCCUGAAGAUGGAUCAGAACUAGCGAGGCUGCAGGAGACGCUCGGUGGGGGACCUACUAGUGGAGGUGCGACACUCACUGAGGCCCAGGUGUUUUGGUUCAGUCUCCCCCGUAGUCCGUCUCACCGUGCUGCCAUCUUCACCCUUCCUGUGCAAAUAACUAGACUAUUUGGUAUAUCUCCCGUCGACUACCUGAAGAAGUACAUGCGCCUGAGGACCUCCCGACGUCAGCUCUACUCGAUGGUGUUUACAAGGCAUCGUGACGUCGAGAGCAUACGGGUGGAGCGGUUGUUGGUGGACGAUGUGGGGGCGGCGCUGGGGGACGCUCUGGGAGGACACCUGACGGAGGCUCAGCUAGGGAGGCUAACAUCACUCGUCCCCCUCCCUGACGUCUCCCUCGACCGAGACUUCUUCGUUCUCAUCUCUGCCUUCGCCGAGAGACUCUUCUGUUAUGAUCUGCUCGCGUCGCCGGAUGUAGAGAUCGAGCCCAGAGACUUGGUGGAACAACUCGACUUCAAGCAGCUGGACGAACGCUUAGAAGGAGUGAGUCUUGAUCCCAACCUACACCACCUCCUGACCACCAUCCGGGACCUGGGUUAGUUGUGUUGACAUAAAUCAGCUGAGUGUGUUGACAUAAAUCAGCUGAGUGUGUUGACAUAAAUCAGCUGAGUGUGUUGACAUAAAUCAGCUGAGUGUGUUGUCAUAAAUCAGCUGAGUGUGUUGACAUAAAUCAGCUGAGUGUGUUGUCAUAAAUCAGCUGAGUGUGUUGACAUAAAUCAGCUGAGUGUGUUGUCAUAAAUCAGUUGAGUGUGUUGACAUUCUGUUAUGCCUGAAAAUGUUAACUCUACUGUCAUCUAACUAGUAAAUAGCUUCAUCAUUCACAAACUGUUAUUAAAAAAAAAAAACA